AUGAGCAACGCAGGCCUCACUGAGGUUUGGUUUAAGAGAGGAAGUGCAGAGCGGACCGUGCAGAAGUCGACCAUUUACCAGCCUGCAGCAGGAGAGGAUGAAGCUCACCGUGUGAUUCUCACAAGAGCAUCACCUGAUGCCAAAGACGAAGUCUUCCAUCUCCAGAUGAGUCCCAGCAGAUCUCAGUUCUUCCUGUAUGAGCGUUUCUCUCUGAGCUGCGAUGCCUUAUCCCGAGGAGGUCUGCUGAAGAGAAAUACGACCAGGAAAGGAGUGGAGACCUGCCCGAAUGGUUGGGGAGCUCUGAAGGGUUCGACCUGCACCAUCCAAACCAUGUACCUCUUUGAUGGUGGACUCUACUGGUGUGAGACAGAGUCAGGAGAGCAGAGCCACGCUUUAACCAUCAGUGUCACGGAUGGCGCUGUGAUCCUGGAGAGUCCUGCUCUUCCUGUGAAGGAGGGAGACAGUGUGACUCUAUGCUGCACAAACAGAGAGACUUCCUCCAUCGUCCAGAAUGAUUUCUACAAAGAUGGCCGCCUCAUCAAUAGCAGCAUGACUGGAAAUAUGACCAUCCACAGUGUUUCCAGAUCUGAUGAAGGACUCUACAAGUGCAUCUCUGGGGCUGGAGUGUCAGCAGACAGCUGGUUGUCUGUUAGAGUUCCAGACCCAGCAGGUCCUGAUGCCCCUCCAGUUCCUGUAUUUACCAUCCUCAGAGUUAUUUGUCACGUAGUUGCUGGGACUCCAUACCUGCUGUCCACCAUCAUACUGGCCCUCAUUUACAGGGACAGGAGGAGAGAGAAUCAAAGCAAUCGUGUCAUCAUGGAGAUGGAAUAG